CAUGGUGGUGGGAAGAACGAUGCCACAAGCUAUAAGAAAUUACCUGAUUUUCACAGUGGCUGUCAGCGGCAUCUGUAGAUGCCAGGCAUUUUUGCUAACCAGGACAAACUUGGAGUGUUUUGAUGACUAUAGAGAAAAGCAAAACGCAAAUACGUUACUCUACAUGGACUCCCAUUUAGCUUGUGAAAGUGUUGUCCGUAAACGCAGUAAAUUGAAGGUGCAACAUUCCAAGCAGGAUAUUGAUGUCGAAUUGGAGAAAUGGCUGCUCGCCAAAGCAACCGAAGAAAUGUGUUCAAAUAUGAAGGCAUGCAGUACCAUCGAAGACCAUGGACCCUUCUUCCGAUGCUACUCCACUACGGCCAUGCAAGGUGCCCACACAUCGCUGGGAAUGCAUUUUAAUGCCUCGGCAGUUGCCAUAGAACUGAACGAUGAUUUUGGGGAGGAUCAAAAGGACGUGAUGAGAUGUACUUUGCAAGCCAGACAGAAGUUUACCGAUGAUUGGAUAGAUAUUUAUCGUCAGCUUCUUCGAUGUUUGGAUAGUAUUUAAAUUGGCGGAGGAUAAUGCUAAAGAUAAGCUAUGAGAAACAAACACAAAUCUGAUGGAAUAACUCAGCUAUAUCAUAACAAUCGGCUGCUAUUUCAUUUUAAUUGCUGUAGCAAUAUAUAUGUCUCUUAACGGUUUACCCUAUCUUCAUCGAUUUAUUGUUUAAAGAUGAUUUCAUCUUCAACUGGAAGGUAUACCAAAAAAGAGCGUACUUUGAGUAUUAUGAGUACAAAACGUUUUGUGAUCAAUUUUAUAAAUUAAAUCUAUUGUAUUUGAAGUAAGUAACAUAGUCGUUUGUGCAUAA